UUUUUUUUUUUUUUAAAUGGUUAUUCAUUGUUAAAUUGAAUUUUAAAUAAUUUUUUCGCCCUGGUAUGAAGUGCGAUUAGUGGUGAAAAACCAAGCAGAAACCCCCAAUCCCCAAUGCACAGAUUCCUCACUUAGCCUUACCCAUUCGCAGCAGAAGCUCCCUUUGGUUUUUGAGCACCACCACUCACAAUCUCAGAAACCCAUAUCCUAAAACAAAACGAAGGAGAGAUCCAAAUCAUGAAAAGGGAACACCCGAAUCUCCAUACUCGGUUAGAACCAGCUUCGGCUGGCAGUUCUUCUUCUGUUUACUCUACCAUGACACCUGCAAAUACCAAUACUGAUGCUUCUUGCAAAGCCAAGAUGUGGAAAGACGAUGCCCACGUUGAUGGUGGGAUGGAUGAGCUUUUGGCUGUUUUGGGUUAUAAGGUAAGGUCAUCAGACAUGGCGGAAGUCGCGCAAAAGCUUGAACAGCUGGAAGAAGUUAUGGGUCACGUACAAGAAGAUGGACUUUCUCAUCUUGCUUCUGAAACUGUCCAUUAUAAUCCCUCUGAUCUAUCCACAUGGCUGGAAAGUAUGCUUUCUGAGCUCAAUCCAAACCCCAAUUUUGAUCCUCUUGUUGUGGCUGCACAGCCUUCUUCUUUAGAUGAUUCAUUUUUCGCUCCUCCCGAGUCUUCCACCAUCACCUCUGUCGAUUUCGCCGACCAUACCCAUCAACAGCAACGGCAAGAACCCCAAAAAACAAACAAGCACAGUCGUGGAGUGGUGUUUCAAGAAUCUUCAUCUUCUGAUUACGAUAUCAAAGCUAUUCCUGGUAAGGCCGUUUUUGCUCAACCUCGUCAAAUUGAUUCCUCCUCUUUCUCAUCUCGAGAUCCCAAGCGGUUCAAACCCACAGCCACAGACCACCUAUACCCAGCAGCAGCUGCAUCAUCAUCGUCUUCAAAUAUUGGUGGUGGUCCUACUGCUACCGGUUCCUUCGGUGUUUCAACUGAGUCAACUUGUUCUGUAGUCCUGGUUGACUCACAAGAGAAUGGAAUCCGACUGGUUCAUCUCCUAAUGGCCUGCGCCGAAGCCGUCCAAGAAAAUAAUCUACCUCUCGCGGAAGCCCUCGUCAAGCAAAUCGGUUUCUUGGCCGUUUCUCAAGCCGGAGCGAUGCGUAAAGUAGCCACGUACUUCGCUGAAGCCUUAGCUCGCAGAAUCUACAGACUCUAUCCUCAAAGCCCUAUGGACCAUUCACUCUCCGAUAUUCUCCAGAUGGACUUCUACGAAACCUGCCCUUAUCUCAAAUUCGCUCACUUCACUGCUAAUCAAGCAAUUCUUGAGGCCUUUGAAGGGAAAAAACGAGUGCACGUUAUCGACUUCUCCAUGAACCAAGGGAUGCAGUGGCCUGCGCUGUUGCAAGCUCUCGCGCUUAGACCUGGUGGUCCGCCGGCGUUUCGUUUAACCGGGAUUGGACCACCGUCUCAUGAUAACUCCGACCAUCUUCAAGAAGUGGGCUUGAAAUUGGCUCAGUUGGCAGAGACUAUCCAUGUUGAGUUUGAGUAUCGGGGAUUUGUAGCUAAUAGUCUAGCUGAUCUCGACGCUUCUAUGCUGGAGCUUAGACCCAGUGAGAUCGAGUGUAUCGCUGUUAACUCAGUUUUCGAGUUACAUGAAUUGUUAGCGAGACCGGGCGCCAUUGAAAAGGUCCUUUCGGUGGUGAAGCAGAUGAAACCGGAGAUUGUUACUAUUGUUGAGCAAGAAGCGAACCAUAAUGGGCCAGUUUUCCUGGACCGGUUCACUGAGUCAUUGCAUUAUUACUCGACUCUGUUCGACUCGUUGGAGGGAUCGGUCAGUACCCAAGAUAAGGUGAUGUCAGAGGUGUAUUUAGGGAAGCAGAUUUGCAAUGUCGUGGCAUGUGAAGGGACAGACCGAAUUGAAAGACACGAAACACUGGCUCAGUGGCGAACUCGUCUGGGCUGUUCCGGGUUUGUGCCGGUUCACCUCGGCUCGAACGCGUUCAAACAAGCAAGCAUGCUACUGGCCCUAUUUGCUGGCGGAGAUGGGUAUAGAGUGGAAGAGAAUAAUGGGUGUUUGAUGCUGGGAUGGCAUACACGGCCGCUGAUUGCAACCUCAGCCUGGCGGCUGGCCAACAAGCAGUAGUCACUGAGUCGUUAUAACUCACUGAGUCAACUUCCGCGAGUGAUUCAAUUUCACCAAACCCUAGUGGGGUGGGGGUGUGGUAAAGUGAAAUGCUGAGCUGGUAAUGGGUAAAAAUAGUGUCUCAGUCUCUUCACUUUAGGUUUUUCUUUCUUUUUUUUUCACUCACUCCCUUGUAACCUUUUUCUAUUUUUCUUUUUGGUAUUUUUAGAUGAAAUAUGUUUGGUAUUUUCAGGGAUGUGUAUUUAUUUAUGAAUAUAUAAAUUUGGUGGUAAUAACUAAUAAAAAAGAAAACUACUUUUGAGCAA